UGCAAAUAAUAAUAAUAAUAAUAAUUUCUUUGGGAACACAUCCUCAGUGACCUACUUCCUCCAUCUAGGUCCCACACCCUAAUUCUGAUACCUCAUAAUAGCCCAUUAAGUUAUGUAUCCAUAGUUAUCAAUUGUUUAAUCAACUGGUGAUCUCUCAUGACCCAGUCACCUACCAAAGGAGGUGUACACUGCUGUAUUACCAAGCUGUCAACUGUAGGUGAACUUUUUCGUUGGGAUUGCUGGCUCCCAAAUAACCACAGGGAGACUUCUUAUUAAUUAUGAAAGCCCAGCCAAAAGCUUAGGCGUGUUUUAGCUAGCUCUUAUAACCUAAUUAACCCAUUUCUAUCCAUCUGUGUGCUGCCCCAGGGCUCAUUUGCCUGUCUGUGUGCUCUCUGUGCUGCUGCUUCCACAGCUGGCUGGUGACUCCUGAGGCUCCGCCCUUCUCCCCCAGCAUUCUCUCUGCCCUGAAAAUCCUGCCUAGCUACUGUCUGGUUAGCUUUUUUAUUAAACCAGUCACAGUGACAUACAUUCACACAGUGUAAGGGAAUAUUGCACAGUCAACACAUGAAUCUGUGAGAACAUCUCAAAACCCAACCCAUAAUAAUGUGGAUGGAACUCCCUGGAGGGACUCAGACUCCGUUCUUGAAGAAAAGAUAACGGUAGAAAAGAUGGUGGCGGAUUGCCUGACAAAUUGUUACCAGGUCUCGGUAACUUUUGAUGAUGUGGCUGUGGACUUCACCCAAGAAGAAUGGAUUUUAUUGGAUCAAGCUCACAGAGACCUCUACAGAGAAGUGAUGCUGGAGAACUACCAGAACCUGGCCUCAGCGGGAUGUGAGGUCAUCAAACCCAGUCUGAUCUCCUGGUUGGAAGAAGAGGAUUUGCACAGAGAAGAUCUCCAAGAAUGGGAAAUGCCACUUGGCACCAAAGAGUCAACAUUGCGUCAGGAUUUUUUGAGGGGACAGACUUCCAAUGGAAUACAAACAGUCAGAAGCCAUAGUGCACAAGAACUCUGUUACUAUAUACAAUGUGGAGAAAUCUUCAGUGAGCAUUCAUAUUUCAAGACACAUAUGAAAACUCACAGUACUUGCAACACUGAACAUUUUACUCACUCAAGUCCUGAUGCCUCUGUUCAAGUGCACACCAUAAAAACGUAUCCAUGUAAGAUUUGUGGAAGAGCCUUUGGACGUUCUUCAAAUCUUAAUAGACAUUUACGAAGUCACACUGGAGAAAAACCCUAUGAAUGUAAGGAAUGUGGGAAAGCCUUCACUACCUACUCAAGGCUAGUGGAACAUUUUAGAACUCAUACUGGAGAGAAACCAUACAAAUGCAAGGACUGUGGGAAAGCUUUUGCUAAGAGGUCAGGCCUUAUAACACAUAUAUCAACCCAUGCUUCAGAGAAGCCCUUUGCAUGUAAAGAGUGUGGGAAAGCCUUUGCUUCAUCCCCGCGCCUUAGUCAGCAUAUAAGAAUUCACAGUGGAGAGAGACCUUACAUAUGUAAGGAAUGUGGAAGAGCCUUCCUCACUUCCUCAUACCUACGGAACCAUAUAGGAAGAACUCACAGUGGAGAGAGACCCUAUAUAUGUGGAGAAUGUGGAAAAGCCUUCCAUUCUUACUCAAAUCUACGUAGACACGUGAGAACUCACAGUGGAGAAAGACCCUAUAUAUGCAAGGAAUGUGGAAAAGCCUUCCUCAAUUCCUCAUACCUACAUAACCAUAUAAGAAAAACUCACAGUGGAGAGAUGCCUCAUAUAUGUGGUGAAUGUGGGAAAGUCUUCCAUGCUUCCUCAUACCUGCGUAGACACUUAAGAACUCACAGUGGAGAGAGACCAUGUAUAUGUAAGGAAUGUGGGAAAGCCUUCCUCAACUCCUCAUACUUACGCAAACAUCUGACCAUUCAUACUGGAGACAAACCCUACGAGUGUAAAGACUGUGGGAAAGCCUAUCGUAGGUACAAUCUGCUACAUGACCAUUUAAAAACUCACACAGUAGAAAAGCCAUUUGAAUGUGAUGUGUGUGGGAAAUCCUUUCAAUAUUUUUCAUACCUUACUAAACACAUUCGUAUUCACACUGGAACAAAACCCUAUAAGUGUAAGUACUGUGGGAAAGAUUUCACUACUUCCUCGAGCCGAACUGAACAUAUCCGAACUCACACUGGUGAGAGGCCGUAUGAGUGUACGGAAUGUGAGAAAACCUUCACUUCAUCCUCUAACCUCAUUCACCAUGUAAAAAUCCACACUAGAGAGAAACCUUUUGUUGAGAAUGUAGGGAAGCCUACAGCAGACUUUACCUACUAACCAAACACUAGUAACUCCCAGUGAACAGAAUCACUUCAGAUAGGAAGAAUGCCAGAAAUCCUUAAUCCCUCGUGUCUUGAUUCCAUCAUACUGGAACUUAGAAUUUUAAGAAACUAAUGUGGAACAGCCCCCAUUUAUGACAGUUUAUUUUGAAAACAUGAAAGAACCCAUACUCAAGAUGUCCCAUGAAUGUAAGGAAAGAAAUAUUAAAGCCCAUACUAUUUCCUAGGAACUUAUUAUAUAUGUGAGACUUCACAAUGAAGGGAAAUACACUGAUGUAAGACAUGCAGAAGGUUGUAGUUCUGCUAAGUAUUUUUAAUUCAUUUGUUCCAACAGUUGAGAAAACUUUGAAGGUAAGGCAUGUUAGAAAGUCACAUGAACUUAAUCCUCAGUGUUUAGUAAACAUUAUAAUUCAUACCCAAGAGAAAUCAACUCUAUGGAAAGUUUGUCCAUGUGCCCUGAAAUGUAGUAUUGCUGGCAGCAGUAAGGCCUGUUGAAUGAUAUUGUUUCUUUUGAACUCCUGAUAUCUGUCCUGAUAUUCCUAGAGUGAUAUAUUUUCUUUCCUCUAAGCACCAUUUCAUCUUGGUUGUUACAACUUCUGGGUAGCAAGCUGGUGAUAUGAGGACUUUUGGAAUAUAAACAUGGUUUUAGUAUAGUGUAGAUUCUCUAGUUGGCUUAUCAUACUAUUAAACAUGAUACCCUAUAAUAACUUACAGUAGCUAAAUUUCAUAAUACAGUUCUCAUGGUCUUUAAAAUGUCCUUGUUCCUCUUUCACAACUUUUAGGUAAAAGGUGAUAUAAAUAAAUAAAUAAAUAAAUAAAUAAAUAAAUAAAUAAAUAAGCAGCAAGCAAGCAAGCAAACUAGCAAAGUCCUUUCCCCAAAACACAUGAAGCUGUGAAUCCAUAAAUGGAUCAGUCAUUGAUGAAGCCAGAGCCCUCAUGAUCCAGGUAUCUCUUAUAUCCCACACUGUGAACACUACAGCCCUGGGGACCAAGUCUUCAGUAUAUGAACUUCUGGAGUACAUUUCAGAUACAAAUCAUAAUACAAUACAAUCCCUCCCAGGUUCUGGUAAUUCCUCAAGAUUACAAAUAGCUCAAAUGCUUGGAACAUAUGUUUUAUGGUCAUUUUAAAUUUGUGGUUGUUUUCUGUGUGUGUAUGUGUGUUGGGAGUGGGAUAAGCAUGUGUGUCACAGUGCACAUAUGAAGAUUAGAAGACAACUUGCAGGAGUUCAAUCCUUUUACCAUGUGGGUCCCAGGGAUAAAACUCAGGUUGUCAGGCAUGGCU